CCCAACCAAUUGCAGUAUAAAGUGACCGUGGAGUCCUCCAAGGGUAGCAUGCAGCUUGUAUGGGGUACUCUAUUGCAUUUCAAGGGAGUCGGUCCAUGAUGCCUGAUGUUCUUCAGAAAGGGCAUCCUCACCAGGUUUUCGACUCAGGUCUCUUCUGGAAUCAGAGGAGGCAAAGCUGAUCACGAUCCUACGCCAGAAUCCAAAACUCUCUGAAGUUCAGCUCAAGUGCACCAACAGUCAGUUGUUUGCUACGAUCAAAAUGGCUGUAUCGAUGAGAGAGAAAUGGAAGGUAGAGGGACAUGUCCCAGCAUUUCGGCGCCUCGAUCUUUCAGCCGUCGACGGCACUGAACGCAUCGCAUCCUCAGUACAGCUCUCGGACGGCUCUGACAUAUCCGACAUGGUCACUACCUUAAACAUCAUCUCCAUGUCCGACCGGGACUACCUUCCCUCGCUAUUCCGUCAAUAUGGCUGGUCUAUCACAACCAUAGACAUGACUCUGAAAGACAACCUUGUGCUUGCGCUGGACAGAGCAACCGAAGACAGAGGAUCGAAGCUCACGGUCUUGACCGCCACCCGAGUGCACUUGUCGUCAGAAGGAUUGAACCGCAUGGAUCAGAUCGUUACUCGUUCGCAUCAUCUGCAGCACUUCGAGCUCUUACUACAUGACGAUGCACUCGUCGAUACACAGCCAAAGUCUACGCGUCUGCUACAUCGCCAUAAGGAGCGACUUACCAGAUUGAAGGUUCAGGCCACGUCCGAUCCAUGGCUGCCACAGCUUGGAAAGACGUUCCCUUAAGACAGGACUUACUCAGGAAGGGAACUUUUCCCGCCAGUCCCCAUUUCAUGGCUAUCCACAAUGGUCCCGGCUCCUUCCAUCGCCAAAAUGAGACUUCACCGUCUAUCCUGUCAAGUUCAGAGGACUCCCUGACGGGGUCGCGCUCCUCCAAGAGCACGAAUAACAACAACGACUGCUGCAAGUUGCUAAAUACAGUAUGUGCAGCUCCAUCCAGUAACAUGGGAGGAGGCUUCUGGAUCUUUAUUUCCGUCAGGUACAAUUUUUAUUGUUUAAAAUCAUCCAAAAAAAAGUUUGAUUUGGGGCACUUUCUCACAAAGUGUCUUGCGUUGCUGCUGCAUCUCGGAAGACAUAAUUUGUUUAGAAAGAGUUGAUCCAUAAAAGUAGAAAUGUUCUAGCGGUACAUCUGAGCUGUCGUCUGGAAUGCAAUCAACC